GGCAGCGGCUCCAGCCUCGCUCCGGGGUCCCUUUCGGGGCUGACGCCCGCAAAUAUGCAGAAUUACCGGCCUGGUCGCUCCUAGAGCCAGCGCCGGGGAGCGAGCGCGGCGGCGGCCAGCACCGGGAACGCACCAAGGAAGAGGCCCAGUCCCCGCCCUCCGCCCCUUCCGUCCCCACCCCCUACCCGGCGGCCCAGGAGGCUCCCGGCGCGGCGGGCGCGGCGAGCGCGCACUCCCUGCUCCUCCUCCUCGGUGGCGCUGCCUGCCUCUCCGCACUCGCUGCUCGCGCCUGGCGCGCUCCGUCGGCUCCCUGCUCUCCGCGCCACCCUCCUCCGGGCCGCGCUCCCUAAGGGAUGGUACUGAAUUUCGCCGCCACAGGAGCCCGGCUGGAGCGCCCGCCCCGCGGCCUCGCCACCCCGCCGAGCCGCCAGCGCCUCGGGACGCGAUGAGGACCUGGGCUUGUUUGCUGCUCCUCGGCUGCGGAUACCUCGCCAGUGCCCUGGCCGAGGAAGCCGAGAUCCCCCGCGAGGUCAUUGAGAGGCUGGCGUACAGUCAGAUACACAGCAUCCGGGACCUCCAGCGGCUCCUGGAGAUAGACUCCGUAGGGGCCGAGGAGCCUUUGGAGACCAGCCUGAGAGCCCACGGGGGCCAUGGUGCCAAGCAUGCGCCGGAGAAGCGGCCUGUGCCCAUUCGGAGGAAAAGAAGCAUCGAGGAAGCCAUCCCCGCGGUCUGCAAGACCAGGACGGUCAUUUACGAGAUACCUCGGAGCCAGGUGGACCCCACGUCUGCCAACUUUCUGAUCUGGCCCCCGUGCGUGGAGGUGAAGCGCUGUACCGGCUGCUGCAACACCAGCAGCGUCAAGUGCCAGCCGUCCCGCGUCCACCACCGGAGUGUCAAGGUGGCCAAGGUGGAGUACGUCAGGAAGAAGCCAAAGUUAAAAGAGGUGCAGGUGCGGCUGGAGGAGCACUUGGAGUGCACGUGCACGAGCGCCAGCCCGAGCCCCGACCACCGGGAAGAGGAGGCGGGAAGGCGUAGGGAGUCAGGUAAAAAACGGAAAAGAAAAAGGUUAAAACCCACCUAACGCGGUCAACCAGAUGUGAGGUGAGGAUCAGCCAGCAGCCCUUUUCCGGGACACGGAUGUACAUGGCGUGUUACAUUCCUGAACCUACUAUGUACGGUGCUUAUUGCCAGCGUGGUCUUUGUUCUCCUCCGUGAAAACUGUCUCCAUGCACACUCUGGAGAACAAAGAGACAGUAUACGUUGUUUAUGUGACAUCAAAGCAAGUAUUGUAGCACUCGGUGAAACAAUAAGAAGCUUCCUUGUCAAAAAAAAGAGAGCAAACAAAACCACGAAACAUGACAAACAAAACUCACUCACAAAAAUAUCUAAACAUUUGCCGGAAUGGAGGGACGCCCCGAGGGAUGGAAGUGACAGACGUCUCGGCAGACUGGGUCCCUUUCCAGGGUGGUCACAGGUGCUUUGGCCAAGGACACAGAGCCUGCUUUCUGAAGGCUGCGAUCGGAUGCCGCCGGGCUCUGCAGGGGCACGCAGGAGCCAGGAAUGUCUCGGAAACCGCAUCUCCUUGCUGUAGUGUUUAAGUCUAUACAGAAACCUUCCUGAGAGCCUUAAGUGGAUUUUUUUUUACACCAUAAAGUGAUUAUUAAGCUUUCCUUUUUACUCUUUGCCUAGCUUUUUUUUUUUUCUUUUUCUUUUUCUUUUUUUAAUUAUCUCUUGGAUGACAUUUACACCGAUAACACCAGGCUGCAGUAACAGUCAGGACGGUGGGACGGUACCUUUCCUAGCAGGAUGCAAACAAAUGAGAUGUAUUAAAAUAAACAUGGUAUACCCACCUAUGCAUCAUUUCCUAAA